GUCGGUCAAAUAGCCAAACCCUGGAAAACUUUCUUUACACCUUCGCAUCCCUGCCAAAUCUCAAACAGCCGUGAAGCAGAUCACCCCCAAGAACCAAAAUUAAUUCAAUUUUCGAGCACCCAAUGGCCCAAAACACAAAACCCACAAGCAUUCUAGAUUCUCUGGGCGAAGAGAUUAUCAGAAUCAUAGCACCAGUCUCAAUCUGCAUGUUCAUGGUGGUCAUUUUGGUCUCUGUCCUCGAUUCAAGUUCUUCAUCUUCCACUUCAGCAUCGGUCAACUCCAUAGCCACCAUUGCAUAUGCUGAAACCAAUUCGGACUCUUCCUGGGAUAAAUUCGUAGGUGCCCUUUUGAAUUCUCUUGUGUUUGUGGCUGUUGUCACUGUUGUCACAUUUAUUUUGGUGCUCCUUUUCUACCUCAGAUGCACUAAGUUCUUGAAACUCUACAUGGGUUUUUCUGCUUUUGUUGUUUUGGGAUUCAUGGGUGGCGAAAUUGCAUUGUUCCUGAUUGAAGAUUUUAGUAUUCCUGUUGACUGUAUUACGUUUGUGGUGGCUUUGUUUAAUUUUGCCGUUGUGGGUGUUUUGGCUGUUUUCAUGUCAAAAAUGGCAAUUCUUGUGACACAAGCCUACUUAGUUGUUAUUGGGAUGUUGGUUGCUUAUUGGUUUACUCAAUUGCCUGAAUGGACUACUUGGGUGCUAUUGGUUGCCAUGGCAUUGUAUGAUCUUGCUGCAGUUCUGUUGCCAGUUGGGCCCCUAAGGCUCUUGGUGGAGCUUGCAAUCUCAAGGGAUGAGGAUAUCCCAGCAUUGGUGUAUGAGGCUCGGCCAGUAACUUGUAACGGCUCAGGUGCAGAGGGUCGAGUAGCACAGAGGAGAGUAUGGAGAGAUAGGGGCAGUGAGAAUUCAGAUCAUGAGUCAAACAAUAAUCCAAACGCCAAUUCUGUGUUUGUUGAGAAUGUGGAUUCCGGGUCAAACUCCACCUCAAAUGCCAGUGUUGUUCCAGAUUCAAGUACAGAAUCUAAUACCUUAGUUAGUGGCCACAACGAUGCUACAUUGGUUAGAGCUGAAGAAGGCUGGGUUCCAGAGAGGGACGCAGAGCUAUCUGCACCAUUAAUUGACCCUAGAAUGAACAUUCAGCCACAGCAAUCAGAACUUGAAGGAAUUGGGUUGGGGUCUUCUGGUGCAAUCAAACUAGGGUUGGGUGACUUCAUCUUCUACAGUGUAUUGGUUGGUAGGGCAGCCAUGUAUGAUUUUAUGACAGUGUAUGCUUGUUAUCUUGCAAUUAUAGCUGGUCUGGGAAUCACUUUGGCGCUCUUGGCGCUAUAUCAGAAAGCUUUGCCAGCUCUUCCUGUGUCAAUAGCAUUGGGUGUAUUGUUCUAUGUCUUGACUCGUUUUUUACUUGAAGCUUUUGUUGUGGAAUGUUCUUUGAACCUCUUGAUGUUCUGAAUAUAAACCACAUUGUAAAAGUUUGCUACUCAGUCACACAAUAUAUAGCAUUGGAAAGUUUGGUGUGUGAUUUCCUUUUA